UUUUCCGUUAUUACCGACAUGCGAGGCAUAUGGAGAACCAAGAACUAUCGAUACUACUAUCUACACUGCUAUCGAUAUUAUCAUCGAUCUCUAGCUUUUGCCAAUGAUCGCGGUAAAUCAGAUCAAAGCCUUCCAUUAACCGAGCUGGUUAACAAUAACCACCCCUCACCACACAGCAGCAACAUGUCAAGCAGCAGCAGCAGCAGCAACAAUUCGCAGCAGCAGCCGCAGCAGCAGCAGCAGCAACAUGUGCGCAUUGAGAGCCGCGAUCAACAGGUGGAGGCCGAGUUGCCCACGCCGUUGACCAUUGCUGAAAGUAAGGAGCUAACCGGUUUGACGCAUGAGUGCGGCGUUUUUGGUGCGAUUGCCUGCGGCGACUGGCCAACCCAGAUUGAUAUUGCUCACGUGAUCUGCUUGGGUCUGGUGGCAUUGCAGCACCGUGGGCAGGAGUCGGCGGGCAUUGCGACCAGCGAGGGCAAGUGUUCCAAGAACUUCAAUGUGCACAAGGGCAUGGGCAUGAUCAGCACCCUGUUCAACGACGAUUCGAUGAAGAAGCUGCGUGGCAAUCUGGGCAUUGGGCAUACACGCUACUCCACGGCCGGCGCCUCGGAGGUGGUCAAUUGCCAGCCGUUUGUGGUGCACACGGCGCAUGGCGCCAUGGCGCUGGCCCACAACGGCGAGCUGGUCAACAAUGAAUCUCUGCGUCGCGAGGUGCUGGGCCGCGGCGUCGGCCUGUCCACGCACAGCGACAGCGAGCUGAUAGCUCAGUCGCUUUGCUGUGCACCGGAGGGCGUCUCCGAGCACGAUGGACCCAACUGGCCGGCGCGCAUUCGGCAUUUCAUGAUGCUGGCGCCAUUGUCCUAUUCGCUGGUCAUCAUGCUCACGGAUAAGAUCUACGCUGUGCGCGAUACGUACGGCAACCGACCGCUGUGCAUUGGCAAAAUCGUGCCCAUCAACACGGGCCAUGCGGGCCACAGCACGGAGACACCUGCUGAUGGCUGGGUGGUGUCCAGCGAGAGCUGCGGCUUCUUGUCCAUUGGUGCGCGCUAUGUGCGCGAAGUGGAGCCGGGCGAGAUUGUCGAGCUGACACGCAAUGGCUAUCGCACCGUUGACAUUGUGGAGCGUCCGGACUUCAAGCGCAUGGCCUUCUGCAUCUUUGAGUAUGUGUACUUUGCCCGCGGCGACAGCAUCUUCGAGGAUCAGAUGGUGUACUCAGUGCGCUUGGAGUGCGGUCGCCAGCUGUGGCGCGAGGCACCCGUUGAAGCAGACAUUGUCAGCUCAGUGCCAGAGUCGGGCACGGCCGCAGCGCAUGGCUAUGCGCGCGAGUCGAACCUCGAGUUCGCCGAGGUUCUGUGCCGGAAUCGUUAUGUGGGACGCACCUUUAUACAGCCCUCGACACGGCUGCGCCAACUGGGCGUGGCCAAGAAGUUCGGCGCACUGUCCGAGAACGUGGCCGGCAAGCGGCUGGUGCUCAUCGACGAUUCGAUUGUGCGCGGCAACACAAUCGGACCAAUAAUCAAGCUGCUGCGCGACGCUGGGGCCCGCGAGGUGCACAUACGCAUCGCCAGCCCCCCGCUGCAGUAUCCCUGCUACAUGGGCAUCAAUAUACCCACGCGCGAGGAGCUGAUCGCCAACAAGCUGAACGCCAAGCAACUGGCCCGUCAUGUGGGCGCCGACAGUCUGGCAUAUCUGAGUGUCGCCGGCCUGGUACAGACGGUGCAGCGCAAGCAUGUGGCAUCUGGCAAGGCGACGGGUCAUUGCACCGCCUGUCUGACGGGCGAAUAUCCUGGCGGACUGCCGGACGAGCUAAGCUGGUAGACAAUUUACUCGCAUAGCUCGAAUAAUAAUAUAACUUUGCAGUAUAAAGCCUGUCACAAAUAAUGUAGCUGCAGCUAAUUGCAUUUAACGCCCCACCCAGAUGGAGCUUGCAUCCAUUUCCAUUUUGAAUUAUUUUCCAGUUAUACUUAAGCUCAAAUUAUACACUCUAUGCAUAUAUAUUAGAUUUAGUGAAAAGCUAUCUGUCUCUCUCUCUCUCUCUCUCUUCGCCUGCAAAUUGACCAACUUUUGUACAAAAGAAAUAGCCAUCAAUAUUGCCAACGAAUGGCCAACUAUUAUUAUA